AUGGGGAGGCACACUGAGGCGGAGACGGGAGGAGGAUUCAUGAACGAUGCGGGGCAAGACCUGCACCUCACUGGAAUCGACCUGGAAGGCGAUGUGUAUGCCAAUGCGGACAUCGAGGUGUUUGCUGUGAACAACCUGGGGACAUUGAGUACGCCCAGCCCGGUACAGAUUUAUCCGGAGGACAAGAGGUUUCAAUUUGGUUAUGGAGACCCUUCCCUCUUGGGUCGGAUGGACAACCCUCGGGUGAAGGAACUGACGUCUGCUGAGUUUAGCGCACUGGCUCAGGAUAGCAGCAUUUUUGAAGCCUCGUUGCACAGCGACAAGUCUAGUCGUGCUGUGGUUUGUGAGGCCAAGGGUAGUGGAGUGAAGCCUAUCAGUCACAAGAGUAGCAGGGCUACGAUGCUGCUUUCUAAGCAAUCCGUUGACUCGUCUGCGGCAUCUCAUGUCCGGAAGAUGUCGGCCAGGUGGUACUGGCCUGUGAACCAGUCGGUCAGCUUGUCGGCCGUGAAGGAGAAGACCGGUGUUGUGUUAGACUAUAACUCUGUCUUGUUUAUGGGUGUGCGCCCGAAUACGGAGACUAGCCUCCAUGGUGUAAAGAGCGAGGGCGGUGGCAACACUGGAGCGUUCGGAUACCUGAAACGUUUCCGUAUUACUUAA